AUGGAUUAUCGUUAUCAAAGAUAUCUAAGAUGCAUGGAGGUAAUGCCUGAGCCCGUAGGUACUUCUAGUCCUAUUUAUGGCAGAGGUAUUAUCAAUUCUAUGAUUAAUAAUUUACCAUUUGAAAUGCAUAUGCCUGGCUACAAUUAUUUAGGUCCUGGUACCAAGCUUGAAAAGAGAUUGAAUGCAGGCAGCCAACCAACAAAUAAACUUGAUGAAUUAGCUAUGAAUCACGAUAUAGCGUAUUCAAAGUCUAAAAAUUUGGAUGAUCGUCAUGCUGCUGAUUAUGAUUUACAAGAAGGAGCUUGGAAACGUGUGUUGGCAGAUGAUGCAGGGUUGGGAGAAAAAGCAGUAGCAUGGUUAACAACUAAUGCCAUGAAAGCUAAAAGAGCUUUAGGUGCUGGCUUGCUAACAAAGUACCCUGUAUCUCUGGAACCAGCAGAGCAAGAAAAACUUGCAGCAGCUGUACAGGCACAGAAAGGUGUUUCCUUAAAAGUUAGUACUAUACGUACCAAAGAAUCUGUGAUGAGUGAGUCCUACUUACCACUAACAAAAAGUCAGAUUGCAAAUCUUAAAAAAGGUGGCAGUGGUAAGAAAACCAUUAGAUUAUCAGCUGCUCAGGUUGAAAAGGUCAAGUCUGGAGGUUACCUUAAAACAAUGCUUCAGUAUGGUCCUGCAGCCAUAGGUGCUGUUUCUGCUCUUGUUGAUCUUUUCAAAAGUAAGGAAAAAGAUGGCAAAGGUGUUUACAUCAACAAGAAACCUAGAGGUUCAGGAGUUUACAUUAAUAAAAAACCAAAAAGUGGUGAAGGUGUUUACAUUAAUAAGAAACCUAAAGGUUCAGGUGUUUACAUCAAUAAAAAACCAAAAAGUGGUGAAGGUGUUUACAUUAACAAGAAACCUAAAGGUAAUGGUCUUUUGGAUGAACUUCUAAAAAAAAAAAAGCUACUCCAUUGA